CAAAAGCUGCCUUCCUUAUCUUUGAAUUUUUCGUCCGAAGGCGACAAUCUUUUUGUCUCGUUUCAAUCGGAAACUGAUGGCAAACAAAAUUUUCCCGAUGGUUAUUCAUUUUCAAUGUUUCGACGACAGCGAGAUGAAUUUUAUCGUUUAUUCAAGCGAUAUAAUGAAAAUUCUUGGUCAACAAUCAUAUCUACUGAUAAAACAAUUCGUUCAUUGUUUAUUGUUGCUAUUCAGAAUAUAUUUGCGAUGGUGAGAGAUGUUGGUAACAGUUUUCAUCUAGCCCGGUUAUUCGUCGAUCAAUUAUUGAAAUCUUGCAACGGUCAACUUUAUAGAGAUGCUGAUUCUAUGAAAAUUCUAAACGAAUCGCUGGAACAGCAUCGUGGUAUCAAAAUCAAUCAAGACCGGUUGAAUAAACUACAAAAUCGUAUCAUAGAACGAAAACGUCAACCAGAAAAUCCGUUAGAACCUGAAAAUUUAUACAGCGAAUACUUUCGCUCAAAUGAAUUGUUUUUUCGCGAUUUCAUCUACUAUUCAGAUUCUCAUUCAUUCAACGAACAAUUACGAAUGAUAUUAAAGUCAAAACUGAUUGAAAUGACUAGUUGUGUUCACUCGACUAUUCUCGCUGAAUUAUGCACACCAAAUGAUAUUAAAGAAAAUUUAUCCAAUUAUUUGAUCAAAUCCGAUUUAUUGGCGAAAUUUGCUGGAUUUUUAUCAUUUUAUUCACUUGAAACAAGACGUAAACUCGAUGAAGAAAGUGAUGCAGCAUUAUUUUUCAAACAUCAACAAACCCUUAGACAAAUUAACCAUUCGCCAUUGUUUGAUAUUGAAACUUAUCUUGUCAAUUCAAUGCAAACACAUUCAUUAUUGGUUUCAUUGCCAUGGUUUUCUUUCUCUAUGGAUUGUUAUGCUAAUGUAUUUGCUCUUUUAGUAUUGAUCUACAAAUAUUAUCUGCCGAAUUUGGAAAAUUAUCGAUCAAAAUCUACACAUGUUCGUAUCUUUUUACAGUUAUAUCUCGAAAAAUUGUUUGUCAACAAAAAGAUUGAUGCAUUUGAUCGAAUUCGACAAUUGAUAAGAAACAAUCAUCAACAUCCGGAAGAUUUUCCUAAGAAAUUGUUUUCAAAAUUUGUUUCCGAUAAUCAGUCUAGCGAAGUGAAGAAUUUUUUCUUUCUUGAUUUCAUUUCACCAGAACUUUUAGAUUCAAAUCUAAUUUCGUAUUUUUUUCCUUGGUUUUCAAAAUCGACUCUCGAUAUUCUUCGUCAUUCGAGUUGCCGGACUGAAAUACGUAAAAUCACACCCACCACAUUGUUACAUGAAAAAAAUUCAUCUAGUUUAUUCACAAAAGCUGCACUGCCUAAAAAUGAAAAAGCAAUGAACAGUCUUCAGAUUCAAAUUGAAGAAUGUUUCUUUAAUCUUCAUACUGGUUCGUUACGAAAGUGUAUCAAUUUCCUAAAUGAUCGAAUUCAAGCCAAUUGUAUCAAAAAAAUUAAAAAAGAAAUCUAUCCCAAAGCAAAUAGAAAAUAUUUUCAAAAUAUAUCACCUGAUGAUACUAAUGAAAUUGAAAUACAAAAAAUCUGUGAUCUAAUUCGUGAUGAUUGUAAGAAUUUUAUCAAAAAAUAUUCAACCAAUUCGAUUGAAACAAUGUUUCCAUUAUUAAUUGCUGAAGACGAUCUUGAUCAAGAAACGAUACAAUUUAUCAUUCAACAAUUAUGUUUGCCCAAAAUUUUCAGAAAAUGUAAUGAAUGGAUCGACACAAAUGUGUCGAAUAAUUUGAUCAGUAACAGACAUUCGCAUAAUGCGGACAAUCUAAAAGAUGAUUUAAACAAAGAACUUCCUGAACUAGAAUCGUGUUUGUCGAAAUCUAGACAAAUUCUUUUUGAUCUUACUCAUGAAAAACUUGAAACAUUUAAGCAUGAUUAUGUGAUUGAAAUUUUACAACAGAUGACACUGAUGAGCUCAUUGAAUUCAUUUUCUACAUCAAAUUAUCAAUUAUUUGACGCCAUCAUUUUAGACUUAAUAAUGAGCAUCGUAACUUUCGCACCAUCCACAUUUAAUGAUAAUAUUCUUGAAAUAGCCAUCAAUUAUUGGACAACCGAUCAUGUGACAACACAUAGAAGACUAAUAUGUCCUAAGUAUUUAUAUAUGAUUAAUCUGUCCAAAUCUCCAGCAGCAAGUUGGUCUAAAUGGGAAUCAUUUUUGCAACGUAUGAUCCGAUCCAGUGUAUACGAUUUUUCCACUCUCGAAGAAGAUGUCAUGGCCGUGUUGAAAAACGAAUGGCCACAACCAUUACUAACCCGACUUGCUAGCAUGCUUCAAUCUUUAGUCGAUUUUGUCGAAAAAAAUAACCUGUUCCGCCAUAGUAUUUCAUUUCCUUCAGAAAGUCAUCCAAUAAAUCAUCCACAUGUUCGAACUGAAAUAAUUAAUUGGUUGGCUUGGAUUUGCAAAAAUCAAAACUUGGAAGAAUGAUUAAUCAAAUAAUCAAUGUUUUCAGUGUAUUUUCAUUGU